UCUUUCUCUCUCUCUCUCUCACUCUCUCUCUCUCUCUCUCUCUCUCACACACGUGCACAAGUGCAUUAAUGGAGUGGACAGCUCCCUCGCACACACUUCUACACUGCCAUACAUUUCUUGCUAGCUCCAAAAAGUAACGCAUACGUAACCGUCACAUCUGUGAACACGGACAGGCACAGAAAUGACAACGGAAACUUUCGAAAAGCAGAAGACUAUCGAUCUUCGAAAGAAACAUGUUGGUCCCUCCUGCAAAGUAUUCUUCAGUCAUGACCCUAUCAAGAUUGUGCGGGCAAGAGGCCAGUACAUGUACAAUGAGAAAGACGAAAGAUACCUAGAUUGCAUAAACAACGUAGCUCAUGUGGGCCAUUGCCACCCAGAUGUGGUCAAAGCAGGAGCAGAGCAAAUGGAACUUCUCAAUACUAACUCUCGCUUCCUGCAUGACAAUCUGGUCUUGUAUGCUCAGCGUCUCCAAGCCACCCUUCCUGAAAAGCUCUCUGUCUGCUACUUUGUCAACUCAGGGUCAGAGGCGAAUGAUCUGGCCCUGAGGUUGGCUUGGCAGUACACUGGCCACAAAGACAUCAUCACACUGGAUAAUGCCUACCAUGGUCAUGUGUCAUCGCUCAUUGAUAUCAGUCCAUAUAAGUUUCAUCAGAUGGCCGGUGCAAAGCAGAGCCAACAUGUGCACGUGGCUCUCAGUCCUGACAUUUAUAGAGGCAAAUAUCGUGAAGACCACCCAGACCCUGCCACUGCAUAUGCUGAUAAUGUCAAAGAUAUCAUUGAGAAGGCCUAUGAAAAGGGACAUAAGAUUGCUGCUUUUAUCGCCGAGUCGCUGCAGAGUUGUGGAGGGCAGGUCAUUCCUCCCGUGGGCUACUUCCAGAAAGUGGCACAGCAUGUGAGAAAAGCAGGAGGCAUUUGCAUUGCUGAUGAGGUCCAGGUGGGCUUUGGCAGGGUAGGUACCCACUUCUGGGCCUUCCAACUGCAGGGAGAAGAUUUUGUACCGGAUAUUGUCACAAUGGGCAAACCUAUUGGAAAUGGCCAUCCAAUGUCGUGUGUGAUCACCACCAGAGAGGUUGCAGAAGGCUUCAUGUCAUCUGGAAUGGAAUACUUCAACACAUUUGGUGGUAACCCAGUAUCUUGUGCAGUUGGACUGGCUGUGCUGGAUGUAAUUGAGAAGGAAGAUCUGCAAGGCAAUGCCCUCCGCGUUGGAGGCUACCUGACUCAGCUUUUGGAUAAUCUAAAAGAAAGACACCCCUUAGUGGGUGACGUGAGGGGUCGUGGCCUUUUUGUUGGGGUGGAGCUGGUGAGAGACAGGCAAAAGAGAACACCUGCCACAGCUGAAGCUCAGGAUGUUAUUUACAGACUGAAAGAGCAGCGGAUACUGCUAAGUGCUGAUGGCCCACACCGCAACGUUCUGAAGUUCAAGCCUCCCAUGUGCUUUUCCAGAGAGGAUGCCGAACUUGCAGUUGAAAAGAUUGACCAAAUUCUGGCAGACUUAGAAAAGGCAUUGGGCCUCCACAUGCCUGAAGCAACAAUCUCUGAGAAUGGACACAUUAAGAGAAAGGAACCCAUUGAAGAAAAUGGACACAUUCUUCCUUCAGACGUCAGCAGUCACAAGCACACCACCAUACAUCCCCAUAGCACAAAAUCCAAUAAGAGACUAAGAACCUAAUGUACUACCAAAGGAAACAGCAGAGGAUUCAUCUGAGACAACUGCUUUUAAUUACAGACAUUUAAUUAUGUCUGUAAUUAUUUUGUUUAAAAAAAAUCCAUGUUUUAAUGGAUCUUUAAGUACACUGUAUGAGCAUUGUAAAAUUACUUUGCCAUAUAUUAGUAGUGCCAGUCAGAACUGUAUCUGUUUUAGCUUUUAUAAUGAGUUUUGGAAUUUUAUCUUUUAAUGAACAGAAUUGUCUAAUCUUAUCUUUAAGAACGGUAUAUAUGCAUAUAUGCGUGAUAGAAAGCUUUAAAUGAUAAUGAACAAAAGGGUUACAAGAAGAUUAUAAAUCAGUGUAUGCACAUUGCAAUAUCUAUGAUAUCUUCCAUAUCUGAGUGUAGGAAGUGCAAUUGAGUGAUAUCUUUUCACUGCUUGAGUUGGUUAGUUUCGAGAGAGACUACAAAUAAAUCUUUAAACAUAA